GAUUAACGUGAGAUUUAUAGCUUGAUCACCAUGGAAAGUACAUUCUUAAAUUCGUAAUAGUAAACAAAUUAAAUUAUAAGCUGUGCAAUCACAUGUUAAACAAUAAACACAUAUAUGAAGAAAACAAAACAGGUUACUAUAUGCAAAGUCUGAUCAUCCGCAAGAAGUACAAAAAAUAUUUCUAAAAAUAUUUUACCUAUCUCAUUCCAGUUCCGACAUUAGCUAUGAACUGCCGCGUCCUUGUCUGUGUCCUCUCGAUAAUAAGUGUUUGUGAAAGUUACACAUAUAAUGGAAUUUCGAUGCGAAAAUGCAAAAACUAUAAACUGGAAGAAUGUGAACCGAUGACAUCUAACAACGUGCAUUUAAUUGUGUCGGGUGAAACAAAAGUUCUAAAAAAAAAUCAUUUCGGUAACGAAACAGAGCUUAUGGACAUAACGGUGACACCGGGCAGUUUGCGUGAGUUAAAACCUAAAUGUUUUUCAAAUCUACCGAGCCUGAAAAGGAUUUACCUGGGCGGUAAUUUUUUAAAAAUAAUACCUUUCGGCGUUUUUAACUUUCUACCAGUUUAUUAUGUCUACUUGGCGGGCAAUCAAAUCCAUACCAUCGAGACGGAAGCAUUCGCUGGAAUGGAGGCUUUAAAAGAGAUCUACUUGGACAAAAACUCAUUGGUUUACUUCGAUCCUGGAUGGUUUGCCCUCGAAGGUAAAACCAGCAAUCUGGAAACGCUCAAUAUUCACCACAACAAAAUAAUAUCCAUCAACAAGAAAGCUUUUUAUAAUUUUCCAAAAAUAAAAACCGUUGAUUUUAGUUUUAACGAGAUUGAGUACAUAUCUGGGGAUAUAUUUAGAUACAAUGCAGAUAUUACUUUGUUCGAUGUCUCGUUCAACAAACUAACGACCUUGAGUUCAAAUUUAUUGGAAAACGUCAAGAAAGUAGAUAAAUUUGUUAUUGCUUUUAACUUUAUCGAUAACCUAGAUAAGGAAGUCAUAGAAGAAACCAAAAUAAAAAGUGCCAGUAUUCAUCCCAACCAAUGGAUAUGUUCAUGUUUAAAAGACGUCGAAACGUCUUUAUACAAUAAUAGGGUCCAAAGUUUUUCUUCCGGGGACACCUUUAAAAGUCGAGAAAAUUUGCUGAAGUACCAGCUGCCAGUAAACACCCAGUAUUUGGCUUCAAACUUGUCCAUUUGCUACGAAACUUGGAAAAACUGCGAAGAUAGUCAAUCUUCAAGUGAAAAUUCUGAAGCCCAAAAGGCUUUCCAGGAAGUUUUAACCAAGACCUAUGACAAAGUUAACGUUAAGUGUGCGGAAGGAAGUGGCUGUUUAGAUGGUAUGGUUUGUAGAUCCGACUAUUGUUGGGCACUAAUUAAAGUUGCCUAUUACUUUGAAAACGAUCCCAUGUAUUUUGUUUGGGGAUUUUAGAAUUAGUUUUAUUUUAUAUCACUGUAAAAAUUUAAGCAAAUAAAACGAGUUUUUCAACUACAUGUAGUGCACUAGUCUUUAAAGAAUGUUUAUGUUUCCAGUCUAGUUCAUGGACUAAAAUUAGCCACUAAAUUUAGUGACAUUUAUGACAUUUAGUAAAUGUAAAUAUGUAUUUUGUACAGUGUCGCGCUAUGCACGCGCCACCACCACCGAAUUGACCAA